AUGGAUGUGGAGGUUCAGUACACACCUGGAAAGAUAAGUAUCUCUAAAAGGUCCAUCCUUUCAGGAACAAAGGCUGUUGAGAAUAUAGACUACCCACACUACUGUGACCUCUUAAGAAAAAUGAAUAUGCCUUUUGUGAAAGGAUUUGAGGACAGACAUGACUAUGGCAGAUUUGAAAAGAAAUGCAACCCUUCUUUUCUUAAAUUUCACCCUUACCCCCCUUCCAUCCUGCCAGACUAUCAUUUACAUUAUCCUUAUCCCCCACCAUAUGGGCCAGAUUACCCAUUAUUUCCACUUAGGGAUGAUGUGCCUUUAGGUGAUCCCUGUUCAGGGUUUAUGAGUCCUGGUGGUGAUGCUGAUUUAAAGCCUGGCAUUGGCAGAACCAUACCAAACUUGGUGAGUUACAGUGAUGUGAAACCUCAACAUCGAGUUCCGAGAUCAGGCACAGGUUUUCAAACAACAAUAAAAAGGCAAACAAUUCUAUCAGAAGAACUGCAACAGGACAGGAGAUGGAAUUCUAGGGAAGUACCAGAUAUUUCCGUCAGAGCAAGACUCGGAGGUUGGACAAGCCCACUGAAAGUUACUCCUUUAAAACCUCAUCAUGAAGCAUGCUCAAUAAAUCAUGCAUAUACAUUUGAUGAGGAAGCAGCGUGUACAGACGAUGGCGAACCACUUGUUCAGCCAAACAAGACGUAUAAUGCAAAGAAGUCGUUUUACAAGUCCUCUACACAAAAAGCUUAUGAAGGUGUCCCUUGGGAUAAGAUGCUACCACCAAAACUUGAUCCAGAAGAAACAACUUUGGAAAAAGCUGCAGACCUCAUCUCACAGUGUUUUACACUGAAAAGAUAUGAAAGAGCGCCAGCAAUAACUCAGAUGGUUGGUGGACUCUGGGACAGAUUUCAAACAAGAUCUUUCCUGGCACCAGUCAAACCAGUUAAUUUUGUGAGUCCAAGUUCUAGAAGUAAAUACAUUCCUUUCUACACUGGUCAUGUGCAGUCUACAAACGCGGAUGACGUUGACAACCCCUUUGGAGACAUCACAUCUCUAGCCGAGCCUCGGCGCUCUAAGACUCUUCAUACAAACACGAGUCGUGCUGCAAAUAUUCCAGGAUACACUGGCAAGGUUCAUUUCACAGCCACUCACCCAGCAAAUUCUAAUAUUCCAUCAACAACCCCACCACCAGAUUCAGAACUAUACCGCACCUUACGGAAAGAAAUGGCUGUUGACCUCUUCCGUCACCAGGCUCCGCUGUCGCGAGUGGUCACAACCGUGAAGCCCUACAACCCCUUCAACAGGAAGGAGAGGCCGGCCGCGGGCUCCUAG